UUCAAACUUUACUUUCUUCCUCUCGAAGAAGAAAAAUAAUCAGGGCAUACUACUUCUUGGAUCCAGAUUCGUGCUGGUAGAAGUAUAUAGCUUGUGUAUAUACAUUCGAUAUAGGCGCUGGUUAAGACUACACAGGCACGAUGAAGACUGAAUUCAAGUUUUCGAAUUUGCUGGGAACAGUGUAUCGACAGGGAAACCUGGUGUUUACGCCUGACGGAACUAGUAUUCUCAGUCCGGUUGGUAACAGAGUCAGUUGUUUUGACUUGGUGAAUAAUAAAUCAUUCACAUUCAGCUAUGAGCAUCGCAAGAAUAUUGCCAGGGUCGCGUUAAGUCCGCAGUCAACGCUUCUUCUCUCGGUCGACGAAGACGGCCGCGGAAUUCUCGUAAACUACGUCCGACGAACGGUGCUGCACCACUUCAACUUCAAAAACAAAGUCACCGAUCUCCAGUUCUCGCCCGACGGGAAAUACAUCUCAGUCACGACGCCCGGCCACAUCGAGCUCUGGCGCACGCCCGACUACAGACAAGACCGCCAGUUUGCGCCGUUCAUCCGACAUCGCGUGUACACUGGCCACCACGGCGACAUCACCUCGCUGACCUGGUCUAGAGAUGGGAGGUUUUUCCUUACCACGUCAAAGGAUUUGACGAGUAGGGUGUACUCUGUGUUGUCGGAGGAUGCCGUCGCGGCUACCGUGUUGGCCGGGCACAAGGAUGUCGUCGUUGGAGCGUACUUUAGCGCCGACCAGGAGACUAUCUAUACUGUUAGCAGGGACGGUGCUCUGUUCACCUGGAAAUACCAGAUCCCAGGGUUCAAACAAGACGACGACUCCGACUCCGAGAUGGACCUCGACGAGUCGCUGAUGCGCUGGACAAUCACCAAGCGCGACUACUUCCACCAGGAAGCCAAGCUGCGGUGCGCCGCCUUCCACCCCGACACAAACAUGCUCGUCGUCGGCUUCUCGAGCGGCAUGUUUAUGAUCCACGAGCUGCCAGAGUUCAACAUGAUCCACCAGCUCAGCAUAUCGCAGCACGACAUCGAUUUCGUGACGAUAAACAAAACAGGCGAAUGGCUCGCGUUCGGCGCCGCGAAACUCGGACAGCUGCUGGUGUGGGAGUGGCAGUCAGAGUCGUACAUCCUCAAGCAGCAGGGCCACUACGACGCAAUCAACUGCCUCGUCUACUCCCCCGACGGAAGCAAAAUCAUCACCGGCGCGGACGACGGCAAGAUCAAAGUCUGGGACGCGACCUCGGGCUUCGCGCUCGUCACCUUCACAGAGCACAGCUCGGCCGUCACCGCGCUCGAGUUCUCCAAGCGCGGAAGCAACAGCGUCUUGUUCUCGUCCUCGCUCGACGGCUCGAUCCGCGCCUGGGACCUCAUCCGCUACCGCAACUUCCGCACCUUCACCGCGCCGCAGCGCAUCCAGUUCUCGUGCCUCGCCGUCGAUCCCAGCGGCGAGAUCGUCUGCGCGGGCUCGCUCGACGACUUUGAGGUCCACCUGUGGUCCGUCCAGACCGGCCAGCUGCUCGACCGACUCGCGGGCCACGAAGGUCCUGUGUCGUGCCUGUCCUUCGCUGAAGACGGCAGCACGCUCGCGAGCGCGAGCUGGGACCGCACGGUCCGCAUCUGGGACAUUUUCAGCCGUCACGGCUCGGUCGAGCCGUUCGAGCAGCAAUCCGACGUGCUCGCAAUCACGCUUCGGCCUGAUUCGAAGCAGGUCGCGGUCGCGACUCUCGACGGCCAGAUCUCGAUCUGGGACGUCGGACUGGGCAAACAGGUCGGUCUGAUUGACGGCCGAAACGACGUCUCUGGCGGGCGCUACACCGAGGACAGGUUCUCGGCCAAGAACUCGGCGCGGUCAAAGAGUUUCCGCACGCUGAGCUACAACUCUGACGGGAGCUGUCUGCUCGCGGGCGGCAAUAGCAAGUACAUCUGCCUGUACGAUAUCGACAACGAGGUGCUGCUGCGGAAAUAUACAAUCUCGCGCAACAUGAGCCUCGAAGGCACGCUCGACUUCCUCAACAGCAAAAACAUGACCGAGGCCGGUCCGCUCGCGAUGAUUGACGUCGACGGCGAAAACUCGGAUCUCGAAGACCGCAUCGAUAAAACUCUUCCCGGCGCGUCGCGCGGCGACCUGGCCGCGCGCAAGACGCGGCCUGCGAUUCGCACGACGUCGAUCCGGUUCGCGCCCACGGGCCGCUCGUUCGCUGCGUCAUCGACCGAGGGCUUGCUGAUAUACUCUGUCGACGACGAGUUCUACUUUGACCCCUUUGACCUGGACGUCGACGUGACGCCCGCUGCCGCGCUUGCCGCGCUCAGAAAGGAGCACGACUACCUCAAGGCGCUGGUGAUGGCCUUCCGGCUCAACGAGCAGUACCUGAUCCACCAAAUCGUCGAGUCCGUUGCGGCGCGCGACAUCUCGAUCGUCGCCCGCCGCGUGCCGGUCGUGUAUCUCGCGCAGCUGCUGCGGUUCGUGGCCACGACGAUGGAGGACUCGCCGCACGUCGAGUUUUACCUGCGCUGGAUCGACGCGCUGCUGACCUCGCACGGCUUGUUUCUGAAAUCGCACAGGAUCGAGUUCGCGGCUGAGAUCAGGGCGGUGCAGAAGGUGGUCGGGAGGGUGCAGAAGGAGAUUGUGAAGGUGUCGGAUGAGAAUAUGUAUCUUUUGCAGUACUUGAUUCAGGAGAAGGAGGUUUUGGACGGAUACGACAGUUUAAUGAUUGAGAAUUAGAGUGGUUAAGAGUUUGUUUAGAUUGUAAUAUAGCCAGCAAAAGUUAUCAACAAU